AUGGCUACAGAUCAUAUUAUCUAUUUAUUGGUCAUUGUGGGUUCCAUACAUCCGACAUGUCAAUUGACGGCCUUUCUUAGCUGUGGAUCCGGUCAACCGCCAUACCCACCACUAUUCUCCUCUGCACCUGACCAACAUACUAACAAGUUCCAGGCGAAGGACUGUCCCAAAUCUGGAAACCCUGUGUGCUACAACUGCGGACAUGAUGGACAUCUGUCGAAAGACUGUCAGGAGCCUGAGAAAGAAAAAUCUUGCUACAACUGCGGCAAAGCCGGCCAUUUGUUGAGAGAGUGCAAAGAAGAACCUCGUAAGGCAGUCGUUAUUGUUCCCGGCGCCAGUUCUACAGAGACUGAAGCUUCGGUUUCUGGCUCUGCAUCGACUACAUCUGGAUCCGGUGCCGUUUCUGUUUCGCUUCCUGGUACUAGUAGUUCCAAUGAAAAUCCCGAUGCUGCUGCUAGCUCGCUUGAGGACUCAGAGUCUGCUGCUGCCAGCUCUGCUGGUACCGCUGUUCCUACUGGACCCGCUACUUCCAGCCUUGUUGAAUGCUAUAAAUGCGGCAAAACUGGACACAUUGCAAGAAACUGCAAUUCCAGAGGGUUCCGUAAGCAAUGCUACUCUUGCGGUGGUUUCGGUCAUUUAAGCAAGGACUGUAGGCAGGGCCAAAAGUGUUACAAGUGCGGUGAGAUGGGCCAUGUCAGCAAAGACUGUGCUCAUGCUGAUCAGGAUAAGGUUUGUUAUGUUUGCAAGUUGCCAGGCCAUGUGGCUAGCCAGUGUCCCCAGUCGACAUCCAACAACACUUCUUCUGAUGUUGGUUCCGGAGCCGACUCUGAAGCUUCUCAACUUGCCAAUCAAGAAGUGACAGCUCCAAUCAUCUCAUCCAGCCCAGCUAUUGUUAAGGCCGAGUCUGCUUAA